CGUCAAGCUUCAUGUUUUAUCUGUCUACCUUACUUACACUUCGUUAUUUCUACCAGAAGUGACAGAUCAGCAAUCACCUGUCUUCAAGUGUUUUAAUCUAGUUUUAUCAUGUUUAAUAGUUACACCUCUGCUAGUAACAGAAACCAUUGAUACUUUGCUUUUUGCCACUUGAUACUUUGUUUCCUGCUCCUCCUAUUCCUCUCUGAUGGGUUGUGGCUGGUCGUGGCUGACAAAGAAAGAGGAAGCGUUUGUCCCCAAGUCAAUACCCCAGGACAUACCCAGCGUGUUAUUAUUAGGGCUGGACGGUGCAGGCAAGUCCUGUCUCUUCUACAGGAUGAAGAUUAAAGUGUGCUUUACUACUCAGCCUACUACUGGUUACAAUGUGGACGUGUUUACCCCUGUCAAGGGUUUAAGGUUUGCGAUGUGGGAUAUCGGAGGUGGAGCUAAGUUGAGGAAAUUGUGGAGCAACUACUACGCGGCCUGCAGAGCUGUUAUCUUCAUGGUGGACAGUGCUAAUCACUCAAAGUUCCAGGAAGCCAGGUCAGCUCUACACGAUUGUAUGUCAAACCCAGCCAUGCCUGAUUACGCUCCUGUCAUCAUACUGGCGAACAAGCAGGACGAACAAAAUGCAGCAACUCCGGAACAGAUAUCCAUGUUCCUUGACAUACAUCAACUAGGCAGGAACCACCCCUGUACAGUGAUAGGCACCUCUGUGAUAAAGAAUGCGGGUGUUCUGGAGUCAAUGGUACAACUCAAACACAUGCUCAAGAGUACCAGCCAGCUCAAAUACUGGACGUGAUUUUAAUGUGACAGCUAUUUUUGUUAUUUUUCUAUAUGAAGGAACUUGUAUUUACUAUACUUUGUUUUGAGGAGGAUGGAUUACAUUUAUGUAAUUGUAACGUGAUAAUUUUGAAAUAACAAUA